CCCAAAUAAACAUAACGUUGUAGCGAAAUAAACACGCAAAUAUUUCAUGAUCUCCUGAGUAAGGUGCACACAAAGACCUUCUCAGGGAUGAGAAUUUCGGGAUGGCAGAGAGACAGGACAAUGAAGUGGAGGAGGCAGGGCAGGUUUACCUGCUGAUGAAGAAGGAGUAUCGGAUCUCCCGAAACGUCCGGUUAGCCUGGUUCCUGAGCAAUCUCAACCAGGUCAUUCGCCCCACACUCAAGCCUGAUCUGUUAAACUCUGAGAAUGAGCUGGAUGUACUGAGUAUCCUUCCCAAGGGCUGGCAGCCAGAUGAGAUCCCUUCAGCACAGUUCUACCAGCUGGUACCGUCUACCCAGGUCACGUUCCUGGCAAGGCGGUACCGUUUCAUUAUCGAGCUGGACCUGAGCCCCUCUACUGGGAUUGUGGAUGACUGUACUGGUGAGAUGAUAUUCGAUGAGGUGUUCCACGCACUCUCCAGGUGUUUAGCAGGACUGGGGAGACCCUUUAAAGUCCCUGGUACUGAUCUUAUGCUUCAGCCGGAGAUCUUUAUUACUAUCCAGGCUUACUCCUCUAUUAUUGGGCUCCAGUCUCACCAAGUGUUAGUGCAGGGCUGCCAGCUAGAUCGGACCGACCUCGAUCAGUUUCUGCUCCAGAUUUACCAGCAGCUGCGCUCUGUGGAGAACAACAUCGCAGAGGUGCUGCAGCAGCAAUACCGGGCUCGAGGACAGUAUGACGGAACCAUUUUGUCCUCUGGUCUGAAUGAUGUAAUGGAGGAUCCGCCUCACAGGAAGCUGGGUGUUUCCAUGGUAACAGCUGAUGUGGGGCUGGUUUGUAUGAUCCGUCAGGGAAUCCUGGCUCUGCAGCUGCUGCCCCCAAACUCCAGUGCAGGUAUAAUAAUCAUCACAGACGGAGUCACAAGCAUGCCUGACGGCGCUGUUUGCGAGACUCUCCUGAACCAGCUGCGAAGUGGCACUGUUGCCUGCUCUUUCAUCCAGGUUGGAGGCGCCUAUUCCUAUGACUGCAGCUUUGGAUACAUCCCCAAUGUGGAGCUCAUGAAGUUCGUCUCCAUGGCAACGUUUGGAUCAUACAUGUCCACCUGCCCUGAAGUGGAUGUUUCAAAUCAAGACAUGAAUACUUAUCACAAGGCUUUCCUGAUGUAUUCCUUCUUGAAAACGGGGGAGUCCAUGAACCCAGAGUACUACUGUGUUUCCCAGCACAAGCUCUUUAAUGAGCACCUGGUGUCUGCGAGUGGGAACCCAGCCCUGGCCAUGCGGAGGAAGAAACACACCGAGAAGGAGGUUCAUGCCCAGUUGGUCAGCGUGGUGUCAGUGCGGCUCCGGGAGGGCUACAGUGUCCGCGAGAUCAACCUCACCAAAGGUGGCACCCAGCUGGAGGUGAAGCUGGUGCUUAUAUGGAAGCACAACAUGCGGAUCGAGUAUCUAGUCGUGGCGCCCUGGCCGUUGGACCCUACGAAACGCAGCACUUGGGUGGAGGUAACGAUGGAAGGGAGCUAUGACAUCCUGCAUGACAUAAGCUGCACCAUGAGGAAACCAAUCUCCAGCCCCUACCGGACCUCUGUCAUCCGCCGCUUCUGGAACACUCUGCAGAGUAUAAAUCAAACAGACCAAAUGCUGAUGCUCCUGCAGUCCUUUAAUUCAAUUCCUGAGCACUACACUAUCCCGGAGAGCACCAAGAAUGGGGUUCCCCUCUUCUACAUCCCACCAGGAUCUACCACCCCGGUUCUGUCUCUCCAGCACAGCGGUUCCAAGGACUCCAGUCACUCCCAGUUCGCUUCAUACUGGAAGCCCAUCCUUUCCAUGGAUGCCAACUUCUGGCAAAGAUGGCUCCACAUGCAUCGCAUUGCCAUCGUCCUGGAGCAUGACAUCCCUGUUCCCAAGCACCUACACACUCCAGGAAAUAACGGGCGCUACAGCACUAUCCAGUGCCGCAUCUCUCACUCCGCACUCACCUCCUUGCUCCGGGACUGGAGCAGCUUUGUGCUGGUGGAGGGCUAUUCUUACGUCAAACUCAUAUACAGUGCCCCUGAUCAGCCCCCCACCUCCUUUUACCUGCUCCGUCUGAUUUCCAAGGCACCGUGCAUGGUAUUGAGACUGGGGUUUCCCAUUGGAACUCUGGCUCACACCAGAAACAAGAUCGUGGAUGCUCUUCGGGACCGGAUUCUUCAGCUGCGAUUCCCACACAGAGUGCAGUGCAAGGAGGCAACCCCCAAGGUGAAGCGGAAGAUCCUGGGAAACACUUCCCAGUCUAAUUUGCCCCCUCCUUCCCCUACCCAGCCAGCGCUGUCGGACAGGCCCUGCGUCGUCGUGCUGAACAAACCGCUGGAGAAGCUUCUCAUUAGGUAUGAAAAUCUCCCUUCGGACUACCGGACCCCAUUUAUCCUGAACAUGGAGAAUUUUGCACAGGCGCCCACAGUGUCGGCACCACUCACCAUGGCAGCCAGUCGCACGGCUUCCUCCACCCUGGCCUCCCUCUCUCGUUAUUUCUACCACCAGCGCUGGGUGUGGGCAGUGCAGUCAGGGCUUGGUCUCCCUGUGCCUCUGCCUGCCAUGGCACAGAUUCUCUCCAUACUCUCUGAAAUCCGUCUGGCUGAAGGGUUUCAUUUUGCGGCCAGUGGAGAAGGAAUUGUCAAUAUGGUGACAGAGCUGCCGAUGAAGAGCACUUCUGGUGAUGGCGAGACCCACACCUGCAUCGUACAGUACACUCUUUUCCCACCUCACUCAACCUCCACCAAGGACAGCUUCUCCACAGACGAUGACAAUGACACAGAGGUGGAGGCGAUAGAGAUGGACGCUGAGCUGAACCUGGUGACUGAGUGCUGGGUGGAGCCUCAGAGCGGCACCGUUUUCACCACCUCUGAGAAUUGCAGUUACCUCCAAGGACUGUCCUACCAGGAGAUACCUCAAGCGAUUUUCCCUGGGGACCUGGCGUGUAUGUCCACAAUGCUGACCUUCGAGUAUCUGAUCCAGCUGUGUCAGAAUAAGGACCACAACUCUCCCAUUGGUGGGGUAAAGGGGGCUGGGGGUGACUACGUCCACAGCAGCGACUGUAUCCACACUGUCCCCUUCCAGUAUGAUCUAAUGAAACUUCUACCAAAGUGCCAGCAGAUAGAGAUCUUUUUCCUGACUUUCAGUAGAGUGGAAGAGGAAGAGGAAGAGGAAGAGGCAUCCCAGGGUUCAUCCUGCUUGCCCAACGAGCUGCUGCUGAACCUUUUUCACGGAUGCCUUCAACAGGACCUGACUGACCGUGAAAUCCCAUUGGCUGAUUCCGACCAUGCGGCCUUCAUGCAGCAGAUCCUGCAGAGAGAUCGAGAUGGGCAUGUGGCUCCCUUUACACUGCCUGUCAUUAAAGAGGAGUGCUUGAAGUCAAGCAAGUCCUUGGAAAGGCAGGAUACAGGGAUGUCUUUCCACACUGUUGGGAGCAGCAAGGAGGUGACAGGUUCAACAAGCACUCUGCAGAGCUUUGGAAAUUUAGAGCUGGCAGACGAGGACACCAUCCAAGCUGCGAGUGAGACCCCAACCACUCGGUGGAAAUGUUACGCCAAGUACAUCAAUUCACAGUUCAUCCUCACCUUCCUUCCAGCCAGCUUUGCAGAUAUACAGAGGCUAAUGGCAUCAGGGAUGGACAGACCCCUGAAUGACACAGCCCUGGGAGGGGAGGAAACCCAGCAUGUAGAACUGACCCAGCAGAGUCCGAGUCACACCCUGUCAUCGGAAAAACAAUCGGUGAUCCCGGACAUGGAGGCAGAGCUGGGAAUUAUCCCUUUAAAUAAUGGGUGCAGUGCGGAUCAGUUUAGCCCUGGGUCUGCAUUGCUCUCUUCUCUACGUGACAGCACCCCCAAGAGAAGCACGCCAGUACAGUCCCCAGCUCAGAGUGAGUGCUGUUCUGGUGGGGUGACGGAGCAGCAGGAUAACGCAACACAAACUGGGGUAGAGGAGAGGGAAGGAGUUCAGUUUGCUGAGCCCCAGGAGAGAGAUGUCCACAUCUCGUUCAGUCGACAGAUGUCGCAGCUGGACGGGAGUGACCACCACAGGCCACGCUGCCCCGUGUACAUCUAUAACUGUUCACUGGAGUCCCUCAGGGAGCAGCUGGUUCCUUCCCGUGGGGAGAGGCUGCCACGGGAUAUCUUCUUCAGACCUCAAGAUGCUGGUUCCUGGGAGUUAUUACAGCAGAUGAAGUCCAGGUCCCUGUCUCAGGAACGCAUCUCCAGUAACUCUUGGGCUGACCUCCUGGCACAUCCUCGCAAACAGAAGGAGCUGACCAGCUACUGCAGCCAGCUGCAGGAACACUACCAUCAGUGCUACGUCAAAGGGGUGUUCUGCAGUCUGCAACAGUCCUAUAACAUCAGCUCCCAGGACGUGCUGACGACAAUGGAUUACUGCGAGGAGUCUCUGCAGGAAAUAGACAUCAAUCCCUUCCUGCAGACACUCUGCGGCCACAUCCGUGCUUUCAGGGAGCGUUGCGAGCAGCAGGGAGCGACAGAGAACAUGGAGGACAGGCCCUCCACCACCUUCACCAUCGGCAAUGGAAAGACAGAGGAGGGAGCUGGGAGAGGGCCGCUCGCCUCAUCCUCAAGUGUGGAGACUGAAGAUGUCAGUGAAGCAGAAUCUCGAGGCAAACCUUCCACACCCUCCUCCCCCAUUGCACCCGCAGUCCUGAAAACCAAUAAGAUAUACCCAGAGUUCCCUCUUUCACUCUUGCAGACGCAGCAGAAAUGUGAAGUUUAUCCUGACUUGCAUAAAAUCAUCCAGGAAAAGUUUUUGGAAAUAGGUGCUCAAUACUUUAAGGCUGUGCCUUCGAAUCCUCAUUACUUUUUCUACUGCCCACCAUCUGCUAAGAAGGAGGUGGUGUCGGAUUGUGAUGACAGAAGACAGAGUGAGGAGAUUGAGGUGUCAGAGGCAGAACUAGCCACAGAGGAUGAGAAUGUGUCGGGGUGCUGCAUCGUGACAGAGAGCGACACGGACCUGGAGGUAGAGUACCGGGAACGGCUGAACCGUGAGUUCACUGACCACGACUCCAACCAGGACGAGGACUCUUUCAGCAUUCUGGAUGGGGACUCCCUGCUGGAGCCUGAGGGCCCCCAACAGGAGAUGCCACCCCUGUUUGUGCACCUGACUUGUUCCAUCGGCGUCAAGAACUGCCACGGCUCCUUGCCCACACAGACACUGCCCACUUGCUUGGGGGAGGUAAUUGCCUGCUUGGAGAAUGCUGAUUCCCUUCAGUCCAUCGACCUGAAUGAUCUGUCAGUUACGCUGGAUAUCUUUGUUCUGACUCUGCCACAGAUCGAAGUCAUGGCCUCAGACAUACAUCACAACAGAUAUACAUCGGAGAGCAGCAUAUCCUUGACCCGGUCCCCAGGCCAACCUUCCUCCUACCGCUCCGAUGAAGAGCUCAUGCAGGAAGGGCUUUCCUCAGGAGGAGGGGAUGGGCUGACAGGUGGAGACCCCCUUUCCAAACUCCCUGACCCACACAAGCAGGCAGUGCUGGCCACCAUGGAUGAGAUCCGCUGGGUCCUGGAAGAUGAGAUCGUGUCUGCCCUGCGCCACUCCAAGGUCAUCAGCACCGCUACGCUGCAGAAAGUAGCGGAUCAUGUGUCCCGGUCACCUGGCAGGCCACAGUGCCACUGCGAGGUUGUCCCACUUCAGUUCGUUUUCGGGCUCGAGCAAUCGCUGGAGAAGUUUAAAGAGGAGUUCCGAAGAAUGUCCCUGCCUGGGUACCUACUGAAUGAAGAAAAGGACAAUUUUUACUACGUGUCAGUGAGCCGGCUGCACUCGCAGAGACUGGCAACGGUGAAGAAGCUUGCAGAGAGCAGUAUGAGUGAAUCGCUGGGGCCGGGGGAGGAGUUAGACAGGACCUCCCAACAAGCUAGUCACACUGCAGAGGGCAAGGAAACGUGCAAGGCCCACCAACUGGCCAAUCAGAACACUGCAGGAACGAUAGCUGUGUCACUGGACAGCAAUUCCGAGCUGGCGAGGAGAGAGGAGAACACAGUGGCUUCAGCUGAAGAGAAAAAUCCUGCUAGUGGAGAGGAUUCAGCGAAAGACCCAUUUCCAGAGACUGUUUCUGAGACUACUGCAAAUGACAAAGCAAGCCAGUGGGAGACCGGGGCUUCCAUUUUGAAAGAUGGAGAGGGGAGCACCCCAUCUACCAGACCUGAGCCCUCCCAAACUAGCACUUACAUUAUUCCAAGACUUGAGCCAUCCCAAUCCAGUGCUCCCUGCCUGCAGCCAAGCAGUAGCAUGGACAAAGGAACGGAACAGAAUUCUCCCCCGAAAACCCCUUCUGCAGUGAGCCUGGCUGAGUCUGUGCUGACCACCACUCAGAGCAGUGGGCGGGUGAGGCCUAGCCGUGUACAGAGUGUGGUCUCCAGUCAGGGAAGUCUGGACUCGGACAUGCUGGGCUAUGAUGGUGGGAGCAGUGAUUCUGAAUGUGAGGGGGCCACCAUGAAUGAACAGGACCCCCGUUGCCCCCUGAUGCCCGAUUUCUGGCUGAUCAUGAAGAUCCAUCAGGACAGAGUAGAGGUGCACUCUCACACUCGCUCUCUAAAUUCAGGGAAGGAUGACGAUGAGGUGCCCCAGUAUCUCCAGCUACACCAGAUGGUUGUGAGAAAGAUUGGGGAGAUCUGCCGUGUUGUGAACCAGCGCUUGCUGCUUCAAGAUCUCCACGACAGUCACAUCUGUAACUCCUUACUGGUGGCAGAGAGUGAGGAAGACAUCUGGAAAAGUGAGACAACGUACACCUACAGGAAGCGAACAGCCACCACUGAUGAUUAUUCAGCGGAUGAGAGUUACCAGCCUCGAGAUUACCUGGCAGCCACUAUGCAGUUCAUCCCAGGUCACUUUGCCUGCGAGGUUGUGUGGAGCACCAUCAUUUACAUUCACCCACGACUCAAAAUGGGGCCCAACAUGGGCGUCAGUCGAGCGAUCCAGGCUCUUCGCUCAGUGCUGAAUGCCUUCUGUGUUGUGAACAGGAAGAAUAUGUUUGUGUACCAGGAGCGCACUACCAAAUCUGUUUUCUACCUCAGGCUGUCGGAGACGGCGCUCAGUGGGAAGUUUUCAGAGUUGGAUGGCAAUCCCCCACCUUCGUCUCGCUCGCUGGCUCUGACACGCAGCCAGGAGCCCCUCUACUCAGAAGAUAUCUCGAGUUCACGAUUCUCCCUGGAGAUGAUCUCCCCCAGGAGUGUGGAGGGGUCCAGGCCUGUGGGACAGAUGGACAAACACAUCCUGCUGAUGGUGCAUGGAGUGGGGCAGGCUGGACCAGAGAUCACAGAUGAACUGCUGAAGGUUCUUCGAAAGCGUUUGGACGAGGCGACGCUUGACAUUAUUACUGUGAUGUUAGUCAGGAACUGCAAACUGACACCUGCAGACGUGGAGUUCAUCCAGCCCCCUGGCUCCCCAGCUACUGAAGUGAUUGAGUUCACCCUUCCUCAGUACUCCCUGCCUUGGCUACAGGCUGUGGCUCACUACCUCCGGCAAAACCUCCUGAUCUUCCUGCAUAUCCCCAAGUACACUGACAGCAACAUGGAGCACCACUUUAAGCACUAUUUUCUUCAAAGCAGAGGUUUGCCGGAUUCUGAUCUCUACCUCUAUAACAAGCCUGGAGGCCAGGGAACAGGGGGGAAAGGGAUUGCCUGCAUCGCGCUCUCAUUUGUGGAUUGCCAGGGCUGCCCACUGCCGGUGUCCGGGCACGACUGCAUGAAGCCGUUGAGAGGAGAACCCUCCGGGAUCAUUCUGCAUGACGGGGAGUUUGAGAGACUCACUGCUGUCAGCAAGAUCGACUCUGAGAGCCAGGAAACAGGCUCUUGGACUCGGGUUCGUUUCGAUGUCUGGGAGCAAGGGAAUGUCAGCCCCCUGCAACUUACUGAUAAGCUGCAGAGUGCUCUGCGCCAUGCCCUUUGUGAUGUCAUCAUGGAGUUUAGGGUGCUGCCCAAUCCGCUCUGUGUGGAAUCGUAUUGUCCAAUCGCAGCAACUGACCACAGCGAUAGCACCAAUGGCCACCAACCCCAGCUGCAACAUGAAGGUAAAGACCAAGCCAGACCACCUGUCAGCAGUGGGAGAAAUAAGACCAUCCCAUCUCCCAUUGCUUUCAGCCCGGCACCCACCCCUGCCUCUGCAGGCUCAGGGACUCCUGAAUCCACCACCCCCACUAGCAGGACCGCACGCAGGAGCUUCUGGGACAUUCUGAGUAAGCCAGAACCCUCGGAGCUGGGGUCUCCUAAGACAACAGAUGACAUUAUCUUGGAUCGGGCAGAAGACAGCCGAACAACUCGUCGACGACACAAAACCGAGAAUGUGAAGCAGCCCUGGAGCCAGGAGAGAGCAGCCGCUGUGGAAAUGGAACAGGCGCAGAGGCAAGCAGCAUCCCAGAGGAAGCAUAUCACCCAACUAGAGGAGGGGGAGGUAGGCACCCUGCACACGCUGUUCCAGGGAACCUGCCAGCAAUGGGUGACAUUCAUGGGGCGACUUGGGUGCCCAUCUAUCCAGCAGUGUUCAGCUGAGAUCGCCUCACAGUUCCUCUUGCCCUCAAUCCUGACAGAGAUUGUGAAUCUGGUCAGCUCACUAGCCAACGACACCACAGUCAAGGUGUUUGAGAGAAUCGGUUGUCCCCAAGGAGAGACUUUCGUCCCCCUCUCACUCAGCCAGCAGUCCAACACACCCCCUGCUACUGCAAGACAGUUCAUUCUCAUUGGACGGAACUUUCACCAAUGGCAUUUCAGUACUGAACAAGAAGACAGCUCUGAUGAGGAAAGCACCCCAGUGGUUAAUAGGUUCACACCUCACAAGGGGCUCCAGCGUUUUGAGGCCCUGGAACUGAAUGAUUCCUGCAGCCCAGGGGUGUCUGGGAGAGGGGUUGCCCCACGCCAGAGAUUUGUCAUCAUCCAAAUCCUGGACAAAAAGCUGAGUCUUUACAUGUACAACUGGUCUGUAGAUCUGGGAUCGUCUUUGAGUCGGGGGCUCACUCGGCUGGUCCAGUGGCAGAACGCCCGUUCGCAUGCCGUACACUGUCUCCUCAGCCAGAAAAUGGGUCUCUUUCACCACUACUGCUUCUUAGACACCCCUGCUCACGAGGAUCUCAAACAGGAGCCCAAUCCCUUUCUGAGCUUAACACUGGAGGCUGACUUGCUGCUUCGGAGCCCUACUCCUCCCCCUAGCAAGGACUCGGGCCGGCUCAGCAGCUCAGGACGAGGCAUGCCUCCGCUUCACUUUCCCUCAGAGCUGGUCCCCUUUGACGAGGCUUUGAGGGACAUCACCGUGGGGAUACCCAUCAUGACUGAGCAGGACUCAGCAGGGAACACAGACACCGUCGCCCGGCAUGGGGCCCAGCUGUUGGAGAUCAAGGCCAUGGAGCGCAGGGAAAUGGAAAAGCAGCUGAAGAUUGAGAACCUGUUUGUGACGUGGCAGCAGAGAUCAGCUCAGUCCAACAUGCCCAUCACAGUUGCUGACCUAGACACCCUGAAGCAGUCGUCUCGCUUGGUCCAUUACUGUGCCACCCCCCUGCUGUUCGAUCCUGUGUUCCGUAGGCAAAUUCAAGAGGAACUGACUGUCAAUCCCCAGGGCAAGAAGCGACAUUGCUCCAGCGACUCAACUGCAUCUAGCCGGGACCGGAGCCACAGCUGUGACUCGGUGGAGAUGCUGCCCAGCAGGCUGAAGGAGGAGCCCUGGCUGCUUGAUAUCUCCAACACUUUCCUGCAGCAGUAUGUCCAGUACCUGCAAAGCAUGGGCUUCAUCCUGGUGCAGGUCCGACCACUCUCCCCAGCCAGGAGUAGCGCUAUCGCUCGUGCCCGAGCUGGGGCCAUCAGCUCUGUGUCUUCAGAGGGACGAGCUUCCUUCUCUUACAACAAGCAGAAAAGUGAUGAGAGCCCUAAGCAGAGUGGCGGAUCAGGUGCCACCCCUUACCACCUCCAGCGGGCCCUGCCUGGGGGGAUAGUGUUAAUGGAGCUGGCCUUUCAGGGAUGUUAUUUCUGUGUGAAGCAGUAUGCAUUGGAGUGUUCCCGGAUCCCAAUGGGACAGUCUGUAAAUUCACAGGGCUCCCUUGUCUCCAAACCUCGUAGCAAGCCGUUCCCCGAGGCCUCUUCCGUCUCAGAAUCAGCGCUGUCUAUGUUGUUCACGGAGGAGUGUGACAAGGUGCGAGACCUGAUGCACGUGCACUCGUUCAGCUACGAUUUCCACCUGCGUGUCGUUCACCAGUACCUGGUGGGCUGCCAGAUGACUCUGCGUCAGGGUUAUCAGCUCACCAACUUCCUGGAGGACUUCAUCACUCACCAUCCCGACAUCCCCAAGUUCGGGAGGAACCACGUCUUCCAGGAUGUCUUUUCCUUUCCAACGGGAGUGAUAACGGCACACCAGCUGUAUAACUACAUCACAGACCACGCCGGAACCUACAGUAUGAAACCACUGCGCAUGUCCAAGUCUGCGCUAUCAGAUGUCAGGAAGGGGGCAGCGAAUGCUGAGCUUCAUGAGUAUGCACUGGUGGCGCUCUGGAACAGCUCUCGUUCCUACAAGGACUCGGAGGGCCUCCGACACCAUGAUGAUUUUGAUGUCUCUUUGCUGGUGUGUCACAAUGCAGCACCUUUUGAGGAGCAGUCCGAAGGGGAGCGAAACCUUCUAAUGCUGCGUUAUUAUGUGAUCAUGACAAGCCAGCGUGAGCUGUUCCCCCGCCUCACAGCAGACAUGCGGCGCUUCAAGAAGCUGCCUCAGAUUUACAGAGAGCACACAGAGCCGGGAAGCAAGCCUCCCAGGGAGCGAGCAGAGAGGGAUGGGUCUAGGGAGGCAGAGCUGGACUUGUGGGUGGAGGGGGACAACUCGAGCGAGUUUUACUCAGGUGGGCCGCAAGUGACGAUGGCACCUGGACUGUUCUAUACCUCUCCUCUCUUCCCUCUUCUGGCCUCGGAGGUGACCUCUGCACGGAACCACAUCCUGAGAAGCGUGCAGCAGGCCAGGGGGCACUGCCGGCGGGAUAUCCUGUGGCGAAGGCUCUUCCAUGGGGAGCAUCUUGCCUCCGACAAACUGAAACUGAGCAAGCUGACCUUCACUGAGCUGGAGGAGCUGCUGGACGCUGUGCAGAGUCGUUCUGUGGGAGACAUCGACCCUCAACUGGAUUGUUUCCUGACGAUGGGCCCUGGCUGGUACCAGAGCCUCAUUAAGGUGCUGCUCACCCGAUUCCCACAGAGCUGCCGACACUUUGUGGAGAACGACAGCAGCAUACAGUACUUGGCUGUGCUGAACCAAAAAUUCACUGACUGUUUUGUUCUCGUCUUCCUCGAUUCCCAGGCUGGAAAAACAAGUUUUAAGGUGGUUUUUAGAGAGCCAUUGCCAGCCCAGCCUCAAACGAGCAACAGCCCAUUGCCGCAGUUGGUCUCCAUGUACCACCAUCUGGAGUCGGUCAUCAAUACAGCCUGCUUCAAUCUCUGGACAGGGCUACUGUAAAUUCUGAUCUGUAAUAUAGACUGCUUCAAUCUUUAGACAAUACUGCUAUGGAAACUGGUGCAACCUACUGUUGGGACGGGGUCCAUAAUAUAGGCCGAAUGCUUCUUAAUAAGGCUGUUCUAUAAGCACCAAUGCAAACUGCCUUAUAUUAAACAUUUCCGUGCCAAUUGUAGCACAAGGCACUCGCCAUGUUUCUCCUGCCCAGGAUAUCUUGGCUAAACUGUUGAUAGUCAUCAUUUGCCAGUAUGCCUUGCUAGAGGGAUGUGCACUGCUUGACCUCUGAAAGGGGAGCUGCUGUAGCAGUCGAUCACCUGUAUGGUAUGUGGUGGUGGUCUGAAACACUAAUGUGGUGUGUUCUCUCCUCUUUUUUUUUUUUUCUUUUUUGGUGCCAAAAAUAAUUAUUUCUAUUCAGCACAAUAAACUCUGUUGGCUUGUGAUGCUGAAAGUUUUAUAUCUUUGUAAAGUAGAGGUUUUUUUAAACAUUAGAAUGCAGCUUUCAGCUCAGCUCUGUAUCCUUCAAGCCUCCACAAUGUACAGAGUAACUAGAACAGUGAGCAUUCCCUUCAGCAUUGUUCACUAGGAUUGAGAAGGUUGACAGUUAAAUGGUUAAAAUUCUUAGAUUAAGCUUGAAGUUUCCUCUCGGUGAGAAUUACAACUGGAGUUAAAGAGUAAGUAGUGGGGUGCUGAAAAAAUAUAUAGCGCUACACGUCCCCACGUGUUGCUACAACUGUUUA